AAAGCCGAUUCAGCCGACUUGAGUUCUGAUAGCUGAGUAAAGAUAUUAAAAUAAGGUAGUAAAUAAUCACAUUGCUGUUAAGAUGCUGAUUAAUUUAAUAGUAACUGUUGUUCUUUUGACCAUAGUAAAUGGUUUUAAAGCGCCUCUACCUUCACACGACGUAGGUGAGGGAGAACACGUUGAACCUUGUCAAAAAUGGAUAAAAUGCGAAGCAGAGGAUAAAGCCGCACUUGAUGAGUUUGAUGCAUGUUUAAAUCAGGUACCAGAAGAGAAAAUGAAGAAGUUGACAAAGAUUAUGGCAGAUUACGCCAAAACAGAAUGGUCAGGCAUAGAAGCAGCAUAUAAGGAUUACUGUGCCUGGGAUGAUAAACGUCAG